AUGAAGAUGUUCUCCGCCGAGGCCCACCUCAUCGUCUGCAAGUCCACCGGCGGCAGGUGGCGCUUCAACUUGGAGCUGCACGCCACGGAGCCCCAGUCCGAGGGCGUGCUGCUCCUUGAGGCCCACAUGGACCAGACGGCGUACGUGCCCGUGUGGCUGUGCAGCUCAACGGACGAGCCCGAGCCGUUCACAGCCAACUUCACGCCGGACACGCCGCUGCAGUUUGAAGUGAAACCUGCCAAGGGCAUGCUUCCGGUGAGGGGCAGUGCCAGCCAGGACGAAGAGCCCCCGUGCGUGGUGUCGUACACGUGCAGGGACAUGGGCAAGACGCUGAAGGGCCGGCUGCACAUUCAGACCAAGGGCACGCAGUAUAGCUUCGAUCUGAGGGGCCGGCAGCCCGUGUACAACCCGCCAAACAGAGACGACCUGGUGGCCAGGAUCGACAACCGGCUGCGGCGCAGCCACAAGGCCGGAGAUGCGCAGCAGAAAAAGACGAAUUACGUGGUUGAGAACAUUCGGGCGCUGCAGCAAUCGACCAGGUUUGCAGGCGCGCAGAGGCCGAAGCGUGGAGACUAG